AUUCGAAAUCCCGACUCCCGAAGUGAAGCCUGUCCGCGAAUGCGCAUGAGGCUCUGCGGCCAUUAGGUUUUCCACGCCCUCUUUCUUCCCAUCCUUCCCCAGGACUUCAAUCCAAAGCUCACCGGAUAAUAUCGCCGCCGGCGAACUUCUCCUGCUCCGGCCUUCAUAGUUCAGACGGCGGUGGAGUAGUAACUGCUGUCAUUUGCGUCAGAUAACACUUUCCCUUUCCUUUCGCCUCGGUAUUUUUCUAGUCAACAGAACGCCGGCGCAUGGUCUAGGAGGAGGCUCUUUCUCUUUUCUUAUGCUUAGCCAGCAACAUUAAGUGAUUCUGAACAAAUAAUGGCUUCUAACGGACAAUCUGUUGGUCAGGAGUCGUCACAAAUAUAUGUUGUGAAAAAAAUUUCCUCUGUUUCUGAAGCAAUGCCUUGCUCAAAGAAUUUAGAAUCAGAUACCGAAUUUCCAAGAACUGAACUGGAUUGUCUAAAUGAUUCAAAUGCAAAUGCUUCUUCCUUGAAACCUUCCACAUCAUCAAACCCAAAGGAGAAGUCAAAUUUACAAAAUUCUAUGAAGAUAAAUGUUGCAAAGAAUGGCAUGGCUGGUACUGAGCAAUUCAUAUCAAAAUCCAUCCAAUGCAGUUCAUCUUCGAACUUCCCUUGUCCACCUUUAGAUUAUGUUAAUAAGUUUCAGGCUCCACGGCAUAGUUCUGGUCAAUAUCCAUUCAGAGAUACCAAGGAUUACCACACCUCAGGAAGGAUACCCUCACCUUCUUAUCAAUCACAAGACAGGAAUUUUCACGGCAACUUUGAACCUUCCACUGAAUUGGUUCGUGGUCCUCGUGCCAACAGAAUACACUUUCCUUCUUCUGCAGAGAAAAAUGAACUAGGCCCAUUAGUCAGCAGAGAUAAAUUUAACAAAUCAAAUUUCCAGAUUAAGUAUGAACAGGCAAAGUUCUUUAUGAUAAAGUCAUUCUGUGAGGAUGAUAUUCAUAAAAGCAUCAAGUAUAAUGUAUGGGCGAGUACUCGUUAUGGGAACAAGAAGCUGGAAGCUGCUUUCAAGGAUGCCCAAGCAACAGUGAAUGAGAAUGGCCAGAAGUGCCCUGUCUUCUUAUUCUUUUCGGUAAAUGCAAGUGGGCAAUUCGUAGGCUUGGCGGAGAUGAUUGGACCUGUUGACUUCAAUAAGACCAUGGAGUUUUGGCAAAAGGGCAAAUGGAAUGGUUUUUUUCCGGUGAAGUGGCACAUGAUAAAGGAUAUUCCCAACAAGUAUUUUCAAAAUAUCAGGCUUGAAAACAAUGAUAAUAAGUCUGUAACUUUCAGCAGAGAUACACAAGAGAUUGGGCUUCCACAAGGUCUGAAAAUGCUGCAAUUUUUCAAGGGUUACCCAUUGGCAAGAUCGUUGCUGGAUGAUUAUGACUUCUAUGAACAAAGAGAGAAAUCACUGAAUGACCAGAGGAGAAGUCAGCAACAAUUCUCGCAAACUGAAGCGAACAUGGAUCAUCACAUUUUUCCUGGACAUUUGGAAACAGGAUUUGGUCAGAUGAGUAUCUCAGGAAGCCAAAGACCUUCAUAUGGCCCUGGAUCUUAAUCAAUCAAAAUUCCUUGAUAUCCUUCUAUCAACAAUCAUAAAGUGAACAAUUUGUCUACUUUAAUUUUCUGUUGAGUGGUCUUUAUGAGCCUUUUAUCAAAGUAUUUUUGCUCAAUCAAUGUACCUUUCUGUCAGGUAAUUUGAUAUGAGCCACUCUAUGUAAGUUACUGCCAGGUUUUUUUAUAGGAAUCAGUCUCUAAAGCUUCUUAUGCUCUCUGUACACAAAAAUUAAAUUGCUGGAAAUGACUCGAUAGAUGAUCUUAUGGGUA